GAUGUGGCGCUAACAUGAUGCAGUGCGAAGAACAGCGGCUACGGUUACCAGAGGCCUGACUACACCAAGGUGCUUGAUGGCGAUAAGCCCAUCUUGUGCGUGCAGUGUGGUGUGUCGAGUGGCGGCAAGCGCCAGAUGCUCAAGUGCGACUUUUGUAACGCGUAUUGGCACUUGGACUGUGUCGAUCCACCCCUCGCUAACCCCCCACACAUCAGCCUCGAAGCAUCACAACGCGAUGCUUGGAGGUGUCCACGCCACAUCGAGCACGAUCUUCGCAGUGGGUUGUUGUUGCAAAACGACCUCAGUGGGGCGUAUGACGAUGUCGAGAUGGAUGAUGCCACCUUUACCCGAGUCCCACGUAAGAUCCGGAAGCGCAAGAACCCCGAGAUUGUCGAGCCGACUUUCUCUCGUGGCAUGCGCAACAACGGCUUGAUUGAUAUCAUCAACGACCCUGAUGAUGAUACCGAUGGCGAGGGCAACUACACCGGCUUCGAGUUCAAAGACGUCAACUCGAAGGUUUACCGCGUGCCUGAGCGAGGACUGAUCACCGAUUUCCUGACCAAGGUCAAGAGGUAUGUGCGACUUGCCCUUCUACUAUUAUGACUUGCUGAUAAGAUGGGUAGCCGUAAGGUCAUGCGGGACCGCGAGGCGCAAAACAAGGCUGUCUUUCCUGCCCAGCGCAAAGCAUCGAUGCAGAAUUUCGUGACUCACUCUUUCCAACAACAACAAGCAGCGCUCAACUUGGCGCUCCUCGCAAAGCAAGAGCAGGAUGUUUGUUUAAAUGAAGGCAAGAUCGAUGGCCUUCUGCUAGCCCUCACUGUG